AUGCCUGUCUCCGUCUCAAAGAGACGACCAAGAACAUCCAAAAAGACCGAAACCGAAAAACCCGAGAAACCACUAAAAGAUCCUCGUACUUGCUGUAAUAGCUUUUGCUCGGUCUUCUCUAGAUCAUUUCUCUAUCGUUUUCCUCUCACGAUUCUCUUUCUCUUCUUAAUUUAUCUUUGGUCAACUUCUACGACCGUUAUCUCCGGCAACGUCGUUCAUAUUUGCAUCUCUUCGCGGAAGCUCAACGAUCUUUACUGUCUUACAGCUGGUUCUCAGCCUGGUUUACGUGUACCGGUCAGUAAUUUCACUAAACCGGUUAGUGAAAAUGUGAUAAGAAGUGAAGAAGAGAAGAGUUCUGUACUUGUUCUUGGUAAAGAUGGAGACAAGAGUUUCGCAAAGAAUGAAACUUUCGUCGGAGAAAGAGUUUCAGACAAACCUACGGCCGGAACAGGCCUCAACUUCACAACGAACGAAACUUCCACCAUAGAAAGAGUUUCUGUUCUUGAUCAAGAUUCUAAACCCAUCAAUGAGGAGAAUCUUGAUUCGGUUCUCGGUCAAGAUGAUUCUAAACAUAGGAACGAGAUCAAUACCGAUUUCCUCGUUGAUUGGGAUUCAGAAACCGGAGAAGAACGAUAUCGAUACAUCAAUUCGAAGAAUGAAGACGAGGAGACUGCUCUAAAGGCCGUGGACAAGUAUCUUAAAUUACAAAGAUCUUGGCUCUCGAUGGGAAACAACCGCAAUAAGCCAAGAUCUUGUGAAGGAAAAGGUGUUUACGUUUACGAUCUACCUUCUAAAUUCAACAAAGAUCUGUUGGGAGAAUGCUCGGAUAUGGUUCCGUGGGCCAAUUUUUGUAGCUACUUCAAGAACAAUGCGCUUGGUGAAUCGAUUGAGAAUCUUGGUAAAGGCUGGUUUAAAACGCAUCAGUAUUCUCUUGAGCCGAUCUUUCACUCUCGUGUUUUGAAGCAUCCAUGUAGGGUUUAUGACGAGAACCAAGCGAAGCUCUUCUAUGUGCCUUUUUAUGGUGGUAUCGAUGUUUUGAGAUGGCAUUUCAAGAACGUCUCUGAGGAUGUGAAGGAUGUUUUGGCGAUCGAGGUUGUUAAAUGGCUCGGAUCGAAGAAACCUUGGAGGAAAAACUCUGGGAAAGAUCACGUUUUCGUUCUUGGCAAGAUCUCUUGGGAUUUUAGGAGGAACAAUAAGUUUUCUUGGGGAUCAAGGUUACUUGAGAUGCAAGAAAUGAAAAACCCUACAAAGCUUCUCAUCGAGCGUAAUCCAUGGGAGGUCAACGACGUCGCGAUACCUCAUCCGACGUUCUUCCACCCGAAAACCGACGAUGAUAUUUCCAGCUGGCAAAAUAAGAUCAUCGUGAAACCUCGUCGGAGCCUAAUCAGCUUCGCCGGUGCAGCAAGACCGGGAAACCCUGAUAGCAUCCGAUCUAUAUUGAUUGACCAAUGCCGAUCAUCACCAGACCAAUGUCGGUUCUUGAACUGUACCGAUGGAGGCUGUGAUAAACCGGAAUCAGUUAUCGAGCUUUUCCAAGAUUCGGAGUUCUGUCUUCAGCCACCUGGAGACAGUCCGACAAGGAAAUCGGUUUUCGAUUCCCUCGUAUCGGGUUGUAUUCCGGUUAUCUUUGAUCCGUACACGGCUUAUUACCAAUACACGUGGCAUUUACCGGAGGAUCACCGGACAUACUCGGUGUAUAUAGACAAAGAAGAUUUGAAGGAAAAGAAAGUGGAUGUGAUUAAGAAGUUGAUGUCAAAGACUCUAAGGGAAAGAGAGGAUAUGAGGAGUUACAUUGUUCAUGAGCUUUUGCCUGGUUUGGUCUAUGGAGAUUUUGAUGCUAAGUUUGAGAGGUUUCGAGAUGCUUUUGAUAUUACUAUGGAUAGUUUACUCCAUAAGAUUUCAAAAACUUUGUAA